AUGGCCAAAAAGUUCAUGAUGUCCUAUCAUCACAAGUUUAAAACUGUGAACUCGUUGUGUUCCUUCAUAUUUCUAAGGAGGUUCUCUUUUCAAGAGAGGAUGAAUGGGCUUCAUCACUUAAUACAACCGUCAAGAACAAUUACUGCUUUUUCUUCGUCUAGAUCUAGAAAUGAACAACAAAGAUCCAUAGGAGAGUUACAGAAGAACGUUUUGCUUGUGGACGAGACAGGUAGUAAACAAGGUGAAAUGACGCUUCCAGAAGCGCGGCGCAUUGCCAAAGAAAGAUCGCUGGAACUUGUUUGGGUUAACAGGCAAGACACAAACGCCGUGCCCGUCUAUCGAAUGAUGUCCAAACUUGAAAUAAGCUUAAAAAACAAAGCUCGGUCCCUUAAACCACCGAAAACAAAGAAGAUUGAAUUAAGUGAGAAGAUCGAAUCUCAUGAUUUGGUUUUCAAGGUGAAGCACAUCCAGCAGUAUUUGGAAAAAGGCCAUCAAGUGAAACUUUCUGUUAAAAGCAAGCGUAGGACUAACGUGGAUGUCUCAGAUGAGAAGUUGGACGUCAUAAAGAAAGUACAACAAGAGAUAGAGGGUGUUAAAGUUGAAAGGCCAGUACAGGAGAGUGCGCAGGUUGUUACUUGCGUCUUUAAACCUAUUCGGAGUCCCGAUGAUAAGUCGAGUUCAUCGAAAACAUGA